UCGUAACGCAGUAGUGUGUCGAAUUGCAUACUAUUUUUAUUUACAGAUUGAUAAAAUCGAAAAGGUGACAAUACAAAGUAAAAGUAAUAAAGUACACUGUUGGCAGCUAAAAGUGUUAUACCUGUGCAUACGUUGCACGUUGUGAAUAUUGCUUUAAGAUAAUAAAUUCUUAAUAAUUUGACGUAGAUUGACAUAUCGUUUCGCAAGUAGUUUCCACGGAGCAGUAUUUGUGUUCUUGUGAAUAAUAUCGGUGUGGAAUUUUCUAAGUUUUGUUCAGGUCAAGCUAAAAUCAGUGUAUAUCGUGUAGAUUGUGACAAAGAAAUAGUGUUUAUUAUAAGUGUUUCAGUGAUUUACGUAUUACUAUGUACGUGCAAAACUUUCAUGUUGGCAAUGAUUGCUUAAAGAUACGUGAUGGAGCGCCGAUUAAACAGGAUAUAACUUCAUAAUGGGGUAUUCAAUACUGCGGCAGUCUCGUAUCGCUGCCAACGAUGUUGCGACCGGAGUCACCCCUCGCUGACCACCGCAGCCUCCUCCCCCGGCGGCUGCUCCCAGUCAAAGCGCAGAUCGCGCCAGCCGACAAAAAGAAGAACAGGCGCUCCCUAGAACUCAACCCAGCCAACGAACACCCAACCUACGACUACCCGAAACUGCUAAUAUCGAAAACCACCGACUCCCUCAACACAGAGUGUCCGAGAAAACACUUGAACAAACAAGACUCGACUGAUAGCUUAAAAAGAGCGCUCUUAGCGAAGGAAGAUAAAAAGAAUGCGGAGAAGAAAGUCGCGAAACAAGACUCCAGCGAGAGUUUAAAGAAGGCGCUGUUAAGUCGACAGGAUUCGAAUGACAGCCAGAAAAGAUUGGAAACAGAGAAAUGGGUGCAAAAAGAAGAAAAAAGGGAAGUGAAACGGGGCGGCGAUAAGAAGGGCCUAUUGGAGACUGAUAUAGAUGAUUCGUAUAAGAGGAUAUACGAGAGGCGGACGGGUUGUGCCCGACCCACGCUGCCGCCGGUUGCAGAGAAGGGAGUUUCUCCCAAGUCUCCAAAUGGGAGUCCGAUCACGCCGGGCGUGGCGGCGGUGGCUGAAGGGGUGGUGCGGUGGGGAAGCGGUCUGCUGUCGCCGCGGGAGGAACCGAGGCUCCGGCCGGCUAGAAGCUGGUACGGGUAUGGGACUCUACCGACAGACGGUGAUAAGAUGGGAGCUGGCGCGAACGGGCCGGGCGGCAGGCGCGCUCUGGAGCUCAUACUGAGCGGCGGGCUCAAGUCGCUGGCCCGCACCAACAAGCCGGUGCGGCGCGCGGCCAGCAGGGACUCGGUGCUGUCGCAGCCGCAGCCGCUGCUCGAAGGUCUCCGCAAAUGCUCAACAGUGCUAGCGCUCACGGACCGCGAGCGGGCGCCCGAGCCGAUCCGCGCGCACAACCGCCUGCGAGCGCCCUCCGUGUGUUCGAGGUGCUCGUCGCUGUUGUCGCUCGCCGGCGCGGGCGGGUCCAGAUAUUCCCUCGACGGUGCCGGCGGUUUCGUUCCCGCAGCUCCUAUCAACUGCAAGCUCUGCUUGGACGACGCGACAGCUGACAAUGUGACCGUUAUAUCGGGGUGUGGCUGCGCAUUCUGCACUAAGUGCAUGCGCUCGUACGUCGAGUUCGAGAUCAGCAACGGCGCGUACGAGGUGUCGUGCCCGGACGCGCGGUGCGGCGCCGGCGCUGCGCUGUCCAUUGACGAGAUAUCGAAGCUCGUGCCCGGAACGCUGCUCGACAAGCACAUCAAGUUCCGGAUCAACCAUGAAGUGGCGAUGGACGCGAUGCGCGCGUUCUGCCCGCGGCCCGGGUGCGACACGAUCGUGCCGGUACGUGCCGCGAGCCCAGCGCACUGUCCCAAGUGCAAACACGACUUCUGCUCGCAGUGUAACCAGGAGUGGCACGGCGGUAUAACGUGCGAAGCUGCAGCCGCGUCCUCCUCCAUGGGGGGCGCGGGAGCACCUCUGCUAGCUGACUCGGAGCUGAUCAAGCUCUGCCCCAUGUGCCGGGUGCCCAUUGAGAAGGACGAGGGCUGCGCGCAGAUGAUGUGCAAGCGGUGCAAGCACGUGUUCUGCUGGUACUGCCUCGCGUCGUUGGAUGACGAUUUCUUACUCCGGCACUACGAUAAAGGGCCGUGUAAGAACAAACUAGGACACUCACGGGCUUCUGUAUUGUGGCAUCGUGCUCAGGUUGUGGGCAUAUUCGCCGGCUUCGGUCUAUUGCUGCUGGUCGCGAGUCCGUUGUUACUGUUGGCGGCGCCCUGUAUUGUGUGCUGCAAAUGCAGGUUGUGCAAUCCGAACACGAAAAACUUGGAAGAAGUGGACGAAAUCGAGAGCAUCAGUCCCGGGCGGGAGGACGACGAGCCGCGCACGCGGUACCUCGCCGACUGACGGCACAGGAGCCUUAUGGACCUUACCAUGUACUGAAUACAGUUCAGUUUCCCGUAACACGUGUUGCCAACAGUGAACGAAAUGCGAUGAACCUUAUAGUGAAGUGAAUAAAGUUCAGUUUCCCAUAACACGUGAUACCCACAGUGGACUGGAGAUCAUGGACUUUAUCGUGUAGUGAAUAGAGUGCAAACUCCCGUAACACGUGUUACCAACAGUGAACUUGAGAUCAUGGACUUUAUCGUGUUCUGGAUAGAGUUCAGUUUCCCAUAACACAUGUGGGUGAAACAGUGCCUAUGGACGUUACCGUGCGAAUGGAACAGUGAAACAAUGGACUUUAUCGUUUUGAAUAGAGUGCAUUCUCCUGUAACACGUGUACGAACAGUGAACAAAAUACGAUGGACGUUUUCGUGUGCUAGCGAACAGUGAAACGAUCGACCUUAUCGUGUAGUGAAUAGAGUGCAAACUCCCGUGUCACGUGUUAACAAAAGUGAACUGAAACAAUGGACUUUACUUGUAGUGAAUAGAGUGCAAACUCCCGCAACACGUGUCAAUGAGCAGUAAAACGAUCGACCUUACCAUGUAAUGAACAGUAAAUGAAAUACGAUGAACUUUACUGCAUAGUGAAUAGAAUGCAGUUCCCCGUAACACUUGUGAAUGGAACAGUAAAACGAUCGACCUUACCGUGAACUAUGGACAAUCGAUCUUAUGUUGAAUGGAAUAGGUUGCACUUUUCUGUGGCACGUGUUAACCUAGAGUGAACUGAGGGAGAUGGACGUUAUCGUGUAGUGCAUAGAGUGCACUUUCUCAUAUCACGUGCUAACGAACGACGAGGGAUUGACGAAUAACAGUGACAACGCGCGCGAUUUGAAAAUGGAACGAGAAAAUAAUAAAAAAGUGAAGAUGUGCAGUUGUGGUGAAACGACCAAUAGUGAUCAAGUGAUUUGCCACGCGAAGGAAUGUGAUUGUUUAGGAUGUGCGCGUAAAUAAUUAUAGAACGCGGGACUCGUUUUUGAUUCAAAUUGUUUUGUAUCGGCAAGAAAUAUAAUUUAAACUUUUAUGGUAAUAACGAGAAAAACUAUCAAAGCCGUAACUAUAAAUAAAACAA